UAGCGUGGUUGAAAUCCGCAGAGGGAAAGACGCCCAACUCUCUUCUUUUCAUUUUCCUUUUUCCCACCUUCCAAGAGAUAACUGAGAAGGGAGUCGGUUUGUCCGAUCGUUUGAAAUUCCGGCCACCUCUAAGUUCUUGAUUUUUCGAUGAGUUGCUUCUUGUCGUCCGACCAUCGGGGAAGAAUGUGAAUCUCUUCCCUGGAGAGUGUCUUUUAGCGUUUGUGGUGCGUUGAUCGCUUUGGUCCUAUGGGGCUUCAGUUUUCCAUGCUGGAGAGCUGCAUGCUUUGGGAUGGCCAUGGAAGAAAUGGCGGGCGGCGAAGUUGGGAGUGGCGGGAAGCAUCUCGACGUUGAGAGUGUAGUUCGGACCGAUGGGUCCCUGGCGUCGUCGAAGCCGAUUGCCGACCCGGUUGUUUAUAAACUUGUUCGGGUUGAAGGUGAUGGAACUCUAGUUCCUGCUACAGAUGAUGAGGUUAUAGAGGUUGAGGAUUUGCUUGAAGAAGACAAGGUUGAGCAGCCACUACUUGAAGCAUCUGGGCAGAAUGAAAGAUUCAUUUCUAGUGAUGAUCUCUCUUAUAGGGGUGGUGAUGAUGAGGAUUCGGAAGGGCUUGCUCAGUCUGAGAGUUUGGAUUCUGGUCCCAAGAAACGGAAUGCUAGACGUGAGUAUAUUGAGGACAUGUUGAAAAAGGUCAAAGAAGAGGAGAGGCUUCGGCUGUUGCAUGGCGUAUCUGAUGAUGCUCCAAAAUUUGCAAGUUCUGUUGCAAUAUCGUCUGAUCAUUGUGAACAGUUGCCUGUUGGUGAUGCAAGCUUCCUACCCAGUUCUGUUGUGAUGGCAACCCUUCCUUCAUUCCCUACCAGUUCAAUUGAAAAUCUAAAGAACCACUCUGAAGCAUGUGUUCAGCCCAAAAUUGAAAAAGUUGUGAAUGGAAAUUUUGUUUCAAAUGGUUCUGAAGGUACAAAAUCGGAAGUUUCUUCUGCCAAAGGUGAUAUUUGCUUGGAUAACUUGUCCAUAAGAGAACUUCAGCAAACUUUCCGGGCAACUUUUGGGCGAGAUACAUCUGUUAAGGACAAAUUGUGGCUCAAGCGCCGCAUUGCAAUGGGUUUGUCUAACUCAUGUGAUGUCUCUGCUACUGGCUUUAUCAUAGACAAGUCAUUGUUAUUUUGUGAUGAGUUGAAUGUUGUUGCAAAUGAUAACAAGCUAGAUGAUGCUCAACUUGGGGAUAAUGUUGUUAAGGAGGAGAGCUGUAAAAUGCCAGUGGCACUUGAUAGUGAAAAUGAAGGUAGACUAGCUGGUCCAGAGAGGAAAUCAACGGCAGCAAAGAAUGAAAAUUAUUCAAGUGAAGAUCCACAAAUGGAGCAAAGAGGAGCUAAAAGACUCAGGAAACCAACAAAACGCUAUAUAGAAGAGUUGUCAGAAGCUGAUACCAAGGAAAGUAAUGAGAAGUCAAGUUUAACAGGAAAAAAAUCUGCACAUCGGUACCCUUCUCAAAAAUCUCGAUCAACGGUUGUCUGUAGUACUGGAUCAGCAGAAGUGGCGGCUAUCUUGACCAGGCAAGACUCCUUUGGAGGUUCUGGGGUUCAAGUUCCAUAUGUCUCAAGAUUAAGAAGAGGUCGUCCAAGAAAAAAUUUCAUGGGUCUUCUGAAGCAUCAAAAUGGCAUGUCUGCCACAUUAGUUAAAAAAGCCCGUGGAACUCGAAGUAGGCGACAAGAUGCCGAAGCUUACAAUAGAUCAUGGAAGCCGAAAGCUCUUUCAGCUCCUGUGCAACAGAAAGCUGGUGUUGAAGCUUCAAACAAUGAAACUGCCUUGGUCCCAUAUUUGGGACGCAGACAGCAAGGUCUGGAGGUUACAAAACUAGAUCCAGUAAAGGAUCUGGAGGAGUAUCCUUUGACGGUCCCGACUGCAAAAGGUGGGACUAGACGGAAACAUCAUCGUGCCUGGACUCUAUCUGAGGUAAUGAGGCUUGUUGAAGGUGUAUCUCGCUGUGGAGCUGGAAGAUGGUCUGAGAUCAAAAGGCUUGCAUUUGCAUCAUGUGCAUACCGUACAUCCGUUGAUCUAAAGGAUAAAUGGAGGAACCUACUGAGGGCAAGUGCUCAAGCACUGACGGACAGAGCGUUCAAGAGUUCGAGGAAGCAUUCUUCUAUACCAAUUCCGGCACAAAUCCUUGUACGAGUGAGAGAGCUGGCUGCAACACACACACCACCAACAUCCAAGCAGUAUGUCAAAUUGACAGGCAAGAACGGGAAAAAUGUACAUAACAAACCAGGAAUUAUCACAUGAUAGAUAUAACUUUUGUACAUCUUGCAUGACUGUUCAUAAAUUUACAAUAAUUACAACCUACCCAAGACGCUUAGCUAUCAUCCACGUAUUGUAAACUGGCUUUGCUGUUCGUACAGUGAGCUUGCCAUUUGAGGCCACUGAGUCACAACCCCAAAAGAUGACUUCUGAGAGAGUUUUGCCCCGAGUCUGUAAAAUAAAGUUUUGACCUGUUUCCUUGUUCCUUAAACAAAGUGCAGUAACGUGCAUUCAAUUGUUAAUCUAAAGAUCGUGUGUUCAUUGUUGUCA